CGCUCGCUUGUGAUGGUGUCUCCAGCGAUUGCCCUCGCCUUCCUCCCCUUCAUUGUCACCCUGCUGAUCCGGUACCGGCACUACCUGGUGCUGCUGUACCGGGCAGUGCUGGUGGCCUGGCUGCGGGACCGGCUCACCGGCACCUCGCGGGAGCAGCGUGCCUUCCAGUACGUACUGGCCCAUGCCAUCCCUGGGGACCCCCACCACAUCCUCCAGACCUUCGAUCAGUGGUGCUACCACUGUGAGCACCUCAGCUGUGUGGGGCCUGACAAAGGGCGGAUCGUGGAGCGGGUGCUGCUGGAGCGGGCACCGCUGCGGGUACUGGAGCUGGGCACCUACUGUGGCUAUGGCACCGUGCUGCUGGCACAGGGGCUGCCCCCAGGCGCCCGCCUCUACACCAUCGAGGGGGACCCCCGACACGCUGCCGUGGCCGAGAAGGUGAUCCGCCUGGCUGGCUUCAGCGAGCAGACGGUGGAGCUGAUCGUGGGCCCCUCGGAGGAGGUGAUACCCCACCUGCGGGAGAAGCACGGCCUGGUGAACGCCAACUUGGUCUUCAUGGAUCACUGGAAACGCAGCUACCUGCGGGAUCUACGGCUACUGGAGAGCCACCAGCUGCUGGCUGAGGGAGCCACCAUCCUGGCUGAUAACGUCCUCUUCCCUGGGGCACCCCACUUCCUGCAGUAUGCCAAGACCUGCGGCAAAUACCACUGCAAGGUGCACCGCGCCAGCCUGGAGUACUUCCGCGCCAUUCCCGACGGGAUCGCUGAGCUCCGCUACACCGGCACCCACUGA